AUGCCAAAGAUAAGAACAUCACGCUCUAAACCACCUCCAGAGGGGUUUGAAGAUAUACAGGAGGUUUUGGAGGAUUAUGACAAAAAGAUGAGAGACGCAGAGAGCGAUAGUCACGAAGGUAAGAGAAAGGUUGAGAGUGUAUGGAUCAACCAUGCUAGAUCGAGAUAUAUAUACGAUCUGUAUUAUAAACGAGAACUAAUAUCAAAAGAACUGUACGAUUGGUUGUUGAAGAAUGGAUAUGCCGAUGCCAAUCUUAUUGCCAAAUGGAAAAAGAACGGAUAUGAGAAACUUUGUUGUGUACGAUGCGUCGCAACUCAGGAUAUGAACUUUAAAGGUUCUACUUGUAUUUGUAGAGUCCCAAAGACGCAAGUGAAGAAAGGCGUUGUGGUUGAAUGUCCUCAUUGUGGCUGUAGAGGAUGUUCAUCAUCAGAUUGA